AUGCGAGGAUCAAGCGAGAUUGGUGGUAAAGCGGAGCGGAGCGAAGGGAACGAAGGGAGCAAGGGAGCAAAACGGAGACGGAGAGGGACGCUGAAACGCUACAACGCUGUAACGCUGAAACUGCGCAGCAACUUGGAAAAAUACAGAGAGGCUGUCGGGCGCCCCUCCCUAUCUCUAGAUAGAUAUCUCUAUCUCCUAUCGCACAGAAUUCAAGAAGCACAGCAUGGUAUGUGA